AGAACGGUAGAUUGUUAUUUGUAACAGGUUAGGGUUCUUAACGAAAUACAAAGAGCUCAGCAGAGUUUGUUAGUACUGUAUGUUUUUUUUCUUGUUUUUUUUUUUUUUUUUUUUUCGUUUUAGUGGCGUUAUAGUUUAACCUUCAUACUAUAAAGUUGCAAUUUAAACAUUAGCUACGUUUAGUAGUUGAACAGACAUGAGCAGUCCUGAUGCUGGGUAUGCAAGUGACGAUCAGACCCAGGGAAGGUGUUCGAUGUCAAUCAUGAUGGCUGGAAUUGGACACUGUCAGUGGACAGAUCCUUUAACUCCUCUCGGGGAAGGGAAAAUCAAAAGUGAAGCCUGCUCUACCAGCUCCGGAAACCAGAGCAGAGGCAAGCCUGAACCUCGGAUACGGCGACCCAUGAAUGCGUUUAUGGUCUGGGCGAAAGAUGAACGUAAACGUCUGGCACAGCAAAACCCAGAUCUGCACAAUGCCGAACUCAGCAAAAUGCUUGGUAAGUCGUGGAAAGCAUUGCCUGUGACUGAAAAGCGCCCAUUUGUGGAAGAGGCUGAGAGACUCAGAGUGCAGCACAUGCAAGACCACCCCAACUACAAAUACAGACCACGGAGGAGAAAGCAGGUGAAAAGAAUCAAGAGACUGGAAUCUGGCUUUCUGGUGCACAGUGUGACUGAACAGCAGGCUUCAACUUUAGGGAACGAUGGCAGGGUCUGUGUAGACAACCGUAAUGUUAAUUACCAUGAGCACCGUUACCCAGUUCAGAGUCAGCUCUCUCAACUUAGUCAGUAUCGGGAAUCGCAAAGCAUAGGGGGGCAUUUUGACUCUUACAGUUUACCCACCCCUGACACAUCGCCUCUGGACAUUGUGGCGAACGAUGCUGCAUUUUUCCCAUCGCAUGCCCAAGAAGAUUGCCGCAUGAUGCCUUACAGUUACCCCCACCAAACCACAGAGUAUCUCUCUCAGGAACACCAUUCCAAUCCUGUGCUUCGCAGGCCUCUUCCCCCUGCAGAGCACAUGGGUCAAGUCAGCUCUUUGCAGGGUUUAAUGGGAUGUCAUGGCUCUCUGGCAAUGUAUUACAGUCAGAUGUGUGCACCCACCAACCCGAAACCUCAACAGGGAAUCCACUCGGGACAGCUCUCGCCUCCACCCGAAUCCCAUCAGGUGGACAAUGUAGAUCACAUGCACCAGUCAGAUCUUUUGGCAGACGUGGAUCGCAAUGAAUUUGAGCAGUACCUGAACUCUGCCGCCCGCUCAGAUAUAGCAGGGCUAUCUUAUAAUGGGCAUGAAACUAAUAUGCCUCUGACUGACAAUAGUCUAAUUUCUUCAGUUCUCUCCGAUGCAAGUACCGCUGUAUACUACUGUAAUUACAACAGUGCAUAAAAGGUAUUGAGGGGGUACAGGAUUUAUUAUAAAUUGUUUGGUAUUUACAAGUAAUUUAUUUAUGGGCCCAAACCACAAGCUUAAACAGUAAGGUGUGGAAUUACAGAUACAGAAGUGUAUGGGUACUGUAUAAAUGUACAUUAUGAAACUAUGUGGUAUUGUGUAGAAGAGAAACUGAAUGUGUCUGGAAGUCCUCUUUUUAUUAAAUCG